AUCCGGCUUUCAUCAUCCUUACCGCUUUCGGAUAAUUCGUUCCAUCCAUCACUGGAGAGUUCAUCCACCGCUUGACUGGGGAGGGUGCGCGAAGCCACCGCGUGCGGUCGGUAGAAGGGAGGGAGCACGAGAUUCGAGGACGCGACGAACUGUACGCAAGGUAGAAAGGCGAGGAGGCGGACUGCGGAGCUUGAGACCACGAUCAUGGCGCGCUCUGUGAAUGGUGUUGCGGCUAUGGCGGCCUUGSUUCUGGUCGCGGUUGUGUGUGUUGCGGUCCCCGCACGAGCGCAGCCUCCGUUGGUGACCAUCGACUCUGUCACCUACGCGGGCUCGGGCUGCAACUGGGACAAUACCAACUACGCGUGGUCGAACAACUACAAGGUCCUCACCRUCAUGUUCGGCGGGAUGAUUGCCACGACGGACUCUGGGCUGGCGGGCAAGCGGAAGAACUGCCAGAUCUCGCUGGGCUUGARSUAUCCCRACGGGUUCAGCUUYACGCUGGGGAAGGUGACGGGCCGCGGCUUCGCYGACAUUGGUUACAGCUCCACGGGCACCUAUCAGACGAGCUACUAYAUUUCRGGACARACUGGGACGUCGUACGCGACACGCACGAUCCAGGGCAAGUUCACWGGCAACUACGAGUUCACGGACGUGCUGCCGAGGGUCAUCUGGAGCAACUGCAACAAYGCUCCCAACCUCAACAUCAACUCGGAGGUGCGAGUGGAUGGAAAGAAGGCCGUCAUGACGCUGGACUCCUCGGAUCAGAAAUUCAAGCUCCUGUUCAACAUCGACUGGCUGGCCUGCUGAUGAUGCUGUCACUGCACUCGUCGUGUACGGGUUGUCGUCCGCCGGGCGGAGUCGUUCCGAGGAUCUUCUCUGGCAAGCACAGAGAAGAUGACCGUCCUUCUCGUCUGGUCGAGACUGCGCUUCGUAAUGUUACGUUGUCCUCUAGAGAGUAGCGGGUAGUAGCGAGGGCAGACGGUCCUUGGUUUUUGUCGGAGCAAGCGGGGAUGUGUGCUUCGCGAGCUUAGCAAGGUCGCCGGUUGCUCUGGGUGGUACCACUAGUCAUCAAAUGUAUAUCAUCAAAUGUAUAUCUUUCGUAUGCUUAAGCAACGACUGUUAGCUAAGAUGAUGUCGGGCACGCAUCAGAUCUUUCGGCUAGAACGAAAAAAGUGUAACAAUCGCUCCUCAUCCCGCAGGCAGGCGUCGUACCAAUCUCUCUCUCUCUCUCUCUCUCUCUCUCUCUCUCUCUCUCUCUCUCUCUCUCUCUCUCUCGCAAGCUCGCUAGCUCGUUCGCUCACUGUCUCUCUCGGGAAACGCCUCUCGACCUCUCAGAGGAUAUAUUUGACACCAUGGGCACGACCUUCUUUGCUGUGCUCUUCGACACCGCUGUCUUGAGCAAAUUUAUAUCUAUACCCCGUGUGUUCUCUCUUUUUCAGCCCCACUCUCUCUCUCUCUCUCUCUCUCUCUCUCUCUCUCUCUCUCUCUCUCUCUCUCUCUCUCUCUCUCUCAAUUAAUACUGCCCUCUGUUUUGUGUGAUUUCUGGACUUGCGCCCUGUUUGAAC